CUGAGCCUCAUUACACAUUGGACUGCCACCGAGUACGAGUAAAUUUUAUACGAAAAAUUUUUCGUACAUGUGCGGUUUACAAUGUAAUUUGUCUCGCGAGAUAUUGUGAUAUAUUUGUUUAGCAGAAUGUUUAAUAUGGAAGGUAACGGUGUCCGGUGUCCAGUCCUCGACAGUGUAGCAGCAUCAUUACCUCUAAGUGGAUCCCCGUCAUCAUCUGCAAACAGCUCCGAUAUGUUCCUCUACGAUGAUUCCUCAAUGUCCGAUGGCAGCUUAUACGCGAGUGAUCAGGAAAAUUUGUCAACCCCAAGAAAACGGUCAGACUGCCGUCGUCUCCACAAGCGCCGCUCUCGAUGCCCUCAGCAACAAAUUCAACAACGUCAAGCUGCUAACUUGCGCGAGCGCCGACGUAUGCAAUCUAUCAACGAUGCCUUCGAAGGCUUGCGUGCACAUAUACCUACUUUACCCUACGAGAAACGCCUCUCUAAAGUCGAUACGUUGAAGCUGGCUAUAGGAUACAUCAGUUUUCUUGGCGAAUUGGUUCGCGCUGAUAGAAAUUCUUCAGACACCCUGCUUUCGGGAGUUAAUAAUACACAAAAUAAGGAAGAACAAAAGAAAAUCAUCAUUAGGGCUCGCCAAAUAUUUGAUGCUACGGGCGUCCCUACCGUUGAAGUAGACUUGGUGACCGAACUUGGUUUAUUCCGUGUAGGCGUGCCUUCCACUGAUGUAAAGAAAAUAGCGGAGGCGGUACAAUUACGCGACAACAAACCAUCAGAAUAUUAUGGCAUGGGCGUUAUGAAAGCUGUCAAAAAUAUAAACACCAUCAUUGCACCCGAGCUAAUCAAACAAAAUCUUGAAGUCACUAUGCAAAAGGAAAUUGACCAAUUCAUGAUUGCUCUCGACGGUACCGAAACCCGCGCUCGACUAGGAGCCAACGCAAUAAUGUGUGUAUCUCUUGUAGUAGCUAAAGCAGGAGCUGCCAAGAAAGGUGUGCCAUUAUACAGACAUAUUUCGGAUAUGGCAGGAGUUACAAGUAUUAUACUACCAGUUCCACAUUUCACCAUUUUAACAGGUGGAAUUUUAGCUUCGAAUGGAUUACCAUUUCAAGAAUACACAAUAAUGCCCACAGGUGCAUCAUCAUUCGCAGAAGCCAUGCGCAUAGGUACAGAGAUAUAUCGAUACGUAAAGAAUGUUAUAGCAUCUAAGUAUAACAUCGAAUUUACCUAUGUGAGUGAUUCUGGCGGUUUUGCAAUUCCUCUCCAAAGUCACAGAGAGGCAUUAUUAUUUUUAACAGAUGCAAUCAAGCAAUGCGGAUAUAGUGGUAAAGCUGAAAUUGGUAUAAACGCUGCUGCCACUGAUAUGUUUAAAGAUGGCGCAUAUGAUUUAGAAUUCAAAAAUCCUAAUUCAAACCCUCAGGAAUAUAUGUCAUCAGAUAAACUUGCCGAGAUAUAUUUAGAUAAUAUGAAAGAAUUUCCUGUAUGCUCUAUUGAGGAUGCGUUUGAAUUUGAUGACUGGGCGGCUUGGUCUAAUUUAACAGGACGCGUGUCAGGUCAAAUUUUUGGUAACGAUUUAACACAAACCAAUCUACGGCGAGUUGGAUUGGCAGUGGAGAAGAAGGCGGGAAACUCGAUUGCCUUGCGAUUGAAUCAGGCAGGCACUUUAACAGAAAUUAUUGAAGCGUUUAAAUUGCUUAAAGCAAAUGGAUUCGGGGUGGUGGUUUGUGAUCGUUGGGGCGAUACUGAAGAUCUUUUUUUAUCGGAUUUAGUAGUCGGGCUGUCUGCCGGCCAACUCAAAUGCGGCGGCCCUGCACGUUGUGAACGUAUAAGCAAGUACAAUCAGGUGUUAAGAAUAGAAGAGGAAUUAGGAGCACUCUCGAAAUAUGCUGGCAAAAAUUAUCGCGGCCAAAUGUAAGCUAUAUUUGUCUAAUGAAAAAUUCGAUUUAAUUUAAUACAAUAAUAAAUAAUAUAAAUUUAUGCUUAUUUUGUCUUUGCAUUUGUAUAGAUCAAUAAAUUGUUACCUACCUCGAGAGCUUAAAGCCAUUUCUUUAAGACUCAAUUUAGAAGAAGUUUGAAGGAAAAGGAAAAGAGACCGAUUUCACCUUGUUUUACCUAAUUCUUCCGAUGCUGUAAAUUGUAUAACUUAUUGGAUGAGGGUGGCAAUGGUAAUUAAGUGAGCUACAAUCCCCAAUAAACAAACAACUACGGUGUUCUAGGUAACUAACCAAUAGAACAUUUUUUACAGUAUAUAAUUAUUUUUCUAACACCUGCUAUUACUUUUUGGUGCUUAGCACCUGAGCAGAGACCAUCGAAAUCGGUUCAGUAAAAAAUACAGACAAAUUGAGAACCUCCUUCUUUUAAAAAUCACAUUAAAACUAGACCACACGUCUCAUGCCACCAUCGUAUUAUGAACUCGUAGGUGGAAAGCGAACCCAUACGCGACAAGUGGACAAAUUGCCGGAAACGAUCAUUAUGUCCAUUGUGACAUAUUUUAAACUGUUAUUAAUACCUCUCUGAUAUUGGUUAGUGUAGUCAAUGUUUUACUAUUAUUAUUUUUCACUUAAUAUAUGUAUCAAACAUAAUAAAAUUAUUAAAAAAAAAUAGUUAAUUUUAGAAUAUGAAAGGAUCAGUUACAAAUAAUUCUAUUACGUAAAUUAAUAAAAUAGAAUAUAAAAAAUGUAAUAAAGAAAAUGUAAGAAAUGUAACAAAGAACUAACAUUUAAAUAUUUCACUGGAUGGCAAGUUUUUAUGGUAUUCAUCUCUGCGCUAUUGGUAUAAGACUAUAUAUGGGGUGGUAAGAAUAAUGAUAGGUGAGGAUGAUACCAGGUCAGCCAAUUCUUGGGAAUUUAUAAGGAAUUGACCAGAAUAUUUCCCAAGGAGGAACGCAUAGAAGUCGUAUUAUCCGUAAAUAUGCUUUUACAAGCAUAGCAACAUUCUUAAAAUUGACAGAGCGAUUCUAAAUUUACUGACAUUAUUAUAUUGUUUAUUUUAGCUAUAUAAGUGUCACUAAGAUAUAUUAAAUGAAGAUUAUAUAUACCCAACUUUUAUAAUCUAUUAACAGUCGCUCGCUGCUUCCCCGACCCAUAUACUGAUGUAAAUACCCUAUAACGUUCCUUAAAAAAUGAACUAUUAAAUGUAAAAAAAAGUUUUUCAAAUCUGACUAGUAGAAAUAAAUGCAUUCAGACAAAGAAACAAACUCAUCCGCUUUAUUAAAUUGGUAUAGAUAAAAAAGGCUAGAAAACAUACUUAUAAUCUACAGAGAGCAUACGUUAUCAAUAAUAUAAAAAAAAAACAGUAAAAAAAUUAAUCGACAGGACAGGUCAACCCUAUCGACAUCUAUCGCAGGAGGGCAAGGGCCGUAACAGCGCGCACGUGCACUGGGGGGCGCCUUUCACCCCAUUACAAAAGAAUAACACCCCGGUAUUAUACCACAUUCGCGAAUAGUUUAGUUAGCCCCCCGGGUCUCUUUACGCUCUCUCCAAAAUAAUUGCAGAUAAAUAAACUAAGUUGAUGUUCGCUUAGGGUGUUUGCAGCGAUUAUGCAAGCAUAAUUAAAAGUUCCCGAUUACAGAUUACCGUAUUCCUUGGUACACGAAUCGGAUAAAUAUAAAAUUAUACCUUUUAGAUAUGGUGUGGUUAAAUUUUAUUAGACAUUUUUAACAUUUCCCUUCACUGCUCUGCUCCUAUCCGUCUAGUAGUUUUUGUUUCUAUAACGAACAUACAGAUAGUCAGACAAAAAUUUUACUGAUUGCAUUUUUGGCAUCAGUAUCUAUCACUAAUCACCCCCUGAUAGUUAUUUUGGAAAUAUAUUUCGUGUACAGAAUUAACCUCUCUACAGAUUUAUUAUAAGUAUAGAUUAUAAGGAUUGAAAAUGAAUUAUUCACCCAAAUACCAUUUUCAAGUAAUGAUUACACUGGUCUACAAAAUUUAAUUUUUUUUUUUUUGCCUUUCAAUUGAAUACUAUAUUUUCAUACAGAUUUGAAGUUAACGAAUGAUGGAUGUGGAAUGUUACGGGAGACCAAUAAUAUUAUUUUAUAUUUAAAUAUUUUAUUACGUACAAUGUUACAGAGAUUAUUUUAGUGACAAGACUUACUGUUGAAUAAAACACAGUCAGCGUUAAACUCAACUAACAAAUAUGAAAUAAUAAAAUUUCCGCCGGUAAUCACUAAAUAUCUUGAAUUAUCAUUAUUAAUGUGAUAAAUCUAUCGCGCUGCCCGCUAUUAUGUUAUAUAUAGCACAAAUACACAAUAAGAGCUAACUAUGAGUUUUAACUUGUAUAUUUAUCUUUAGCGAUACAAUCAAUAUAGUACAUUUUCAUGUAAAAGGCAAAUUUGAUGUAGAACAGUGUUAUUUUUCACGGAUUUGCCUGCACGAACAUGCUGGAAAAACUACAAAACCUUGAUUCUUUCAUUAGUAUACGGAAAGCAUCAUUAUAUUUAAUUCGUAAAGUACUGUAGCUCCUCCUAUAAAAAUUAGUCCAUAGCAUAAAUAAAUUUAUAGGUAUAUCAUUAGACACAUACUUUUAAAAAUAAGAAUUACUAAGUAGAUAAUUUGUAACAAUUUCAAUUGUGUUAUUUAACACAUGCAGUCAUUAUCUAUUUUGGUUUACAAUGAUACUUUAAUUUCCUUAUUUUGAAUAAUUAAUCAGUCAAUACUCACAAUUGUUGUCGUAUAACAAUGGUAGAAUAGAGAAGCAACAAUCACACAAAUAAAUGUAUACUAAUCAUAAUAUGUAUUAACAUUUAAUUAUUAUUAAAUUAAUUUUAUUUAUUUCUACUUCUUUGUA